AUGGGCCGACAAAAGCAAACAACACCGCUCCAACGAGCUCCCUCCUCAGAUUGGGUACAUAUACCGGCGAAUGAGUCGGAGGUUUCUGAAAAGCUAGAAAAUGGCAGUGCAACAACUGUUUCACAGAGUGCUUACAGAAAAGUCACGACGGAACCUAUAGAGACUGCUGCCGACACCCCUGGUCUGACACAGCUUCUCAUCUGCGUCCUCGGUAUCUAUGCAGCAUUCCUUUCAUGGGGUGUUCUACAGGAAGCUAUCACCACAACUACCUACCCUAUUCAUCCUCCAUCGGCCGUAGAUCCAGAGCCAGCAACGGAGCGAUUCACCUACUCUCUUGUACUAAACACGGUCCAGUCUUCGUUCGCUGCCAUUACCGGCUUCACUUAUCUCUUUUUCUCUACACCCAAGGGUCAGAAUGUUCCAUCAAUCUUCCCUACUCGCGACAUUAUCUUUCCCUUGCUCCUUGUUAGCAUCUCUUCAUCUCUCGCAUCACCCUUUGGAUAUGCCAGUCUUGCGCAUAUAGACUAUCUCACCUUUAUUCUCGCCAAGUCUUGUAAGCUUCUGCCGGUAAUGAUCCUCCACCUCACCAUCUUCCGCAAAAAGUACCCGUUGUAUAAGUAUGGUGUCGUGUUGUUAGUCACUCUUGGCGUGGCCACAUUCACUCUACACCACCCCGGCACGAGCAAAAAGGUUGCUGCGUCAGCAGCGAAACAGUCUGGCUCAUCUGGAUGGGGUAUCUUUUUACUUUCUAUCAAUCUGCUUCUGGAUGGGUUGACAAACACUACCCAAGACCAUAUUUUCACUUCUCCAAAGCGUUACACUCGCUUUACGGGACCUCAAAUGAUGGUCGCGCAGAAUGUGCUAUCCACUUUGCUUACUGCUGGCUAUCUCCUCAUUAUGCCGCAUCUGUCUCAAAGUGGUCUUUUGCAUAAUCUUCUUCCGUUCCCUAUCCCUCCGUCUAAUGAGACGGAACUAUGGUCUGCGAUUUCGUUCCUCUCGCGCCACCCUGAGGCAUUGAAGAAUGUGCUUGGCUUUGCGGCUUGUGGUGCCGUGGGCCAGCUGUUCAUCUUCUACACUCUGUCUCGCUUCUCGUCCCUACUUUUGGUCACUGUCACGGUUACCCGUAAGAUGCUCACCAUGCUUCUCAGUGUGUUUUGGUUUGGCCAUUCCUUGUCGGCUGGGCAGUGGCUUGGUAUCGUAUUAGUCUUUGGUGGCGUUGGCGCUGAAGGCAUCGUGCAAAGACAGGAGAAGAAAGCGAAGGAACGGGCUAAAGCUGAAGCUUCAAAGAAGGAACAGUAG